AUGGAAUCCAUCGCCCGCAUGCCACGGAACCCACGGGCCCGCGACCGCGACCGUCGCACCACACUGCGCUGCGAGGCUCUUCGAGUAUGGACGAACAGAGACGUUCAGCCUGCUCAUGGCGUUCAACAAAACCCCGGGUACUCGCUAUGGGUAAUGAGCGUGUUCUUCGCUCGUAGCUUCAUUAACGCUUCGCACUCCACCGCGCCAUCCAAAUUUGAAGCUCGCUCACGCGAAAAGGCCCGGGAAGGCCCCCGGCAGAAACGUUGA